AUCGAAUAAGCACUCGAGUAGUCAGUCGGUUGUAUACCGAAUAAAUGGACAGAUUAAUUGACCGUUUGUCAGCGAAGUUCGUUAGCGAAGGUCGGUCGUUGCAUAGUUAAAUUAUCAACUUGUUAUUUACUUGUAAUUAGACUUAUUUCGACAAACUUGUGACAUGCAGAAAACAUAUUUAUUGAUUGUUCUUUUAUCGAUCUCGGUGCUCUCUACAUGCUGUUUAGCUAUAAACCAGACCUUGUUCGUUAAUACUACUAAAACAAAACUCAAAAUACUUGGUGUCUUCGGUCAUUUGGGCAAGAGUCACUUUGAUGUGUUUAAGCCGCUUCUAGAGGAAUUAGCUCGAAGAGGUCACGAGCUCACUGUGAUCUCGUAUUUCCCUAGAACCGACAAUGUGAAAAUGAAAGAGCUGUUGCCUAAUUACAAGGACGUCCAACUGUUGGUGCCUAAAGUUGGCAUCUUUGUGAACGUUGUGGAUCUUGAACAGAUUAAUCACGCAUGGUUUCGUCCUCUGCUGGAAUUACGUAUGCUGCGGUUCAUGGCAGAUUAUGCAUGUACUGGUCUGCGGAGUUCGGCUGUCAAAGAGUUUCUUCGAUCUAACGAAACGUUCGAUUUGAUUCUUACGGAAAAUUUCAACACUGACUGUUAUUUGGGUUUUAUUCAUCGCUUUAAGGUACCUUACAUAGGUCUGUCAUCGCAUCAAAUCAUGCCGUGGACUAACAAUGACAUAGGUAACACGGAUAAUCCCAGCUACGUUCCGAUGAUACUGCUUGGCUUUACUAAACCUUUAGAUUUUUUCCAUCGGAUGCAAAAUGUUCUGUGGGUAUCAUUAUCUAAAAUGAUCUACGAGUGUUGGUUUCGACCUAUGGAUCAAGUUAUUGCCAACGAAGUCUUUGGGCCAGAUCUUCCCAAGCUGAAAGAAAUUGCCCAGCAAUCGCAGGCGUUGCUGGUGAAUACCCAUAGUAGUAUUCAUGGCAAUAGACCUCAGUUAUUUAAUGUAGUGGAAAUAGGUGGGCUUCACAUUCCGUCUAAACUCAACCCGUUGCCGAAGGACGUAGCCGAGUUUCUUGACAACGCCUAUGAGGGAGUGUUAUAUUUUAAUUUAGGAUCCAUGAUCAAGAUGAAUUCGAUGCCACAAGAAAAACUGAAUGCGAUAUUAAAUGUAAUUGGCUCGAUUUCACGGAAAGUUCUCUGGAAGUGGGAAACUGAUGAGUUACCGCGCAAGCUGAAUAAUGUUAUGUUCAAGACAUGGCUGCCCCAGUUUGACGUGAUGAACCAUCCAAAUGUCAAAUGUUACUUUGGUCACGGCGGACUUCUCGGUCUCUCGGAAGGAGUAUAUGUGGGUCUACCGAUGAUUUUGAUGCCGAUGUACGGUGAUCAGUUCCAUAAUUCUGCUGCUGCGGCGAAUAGAGGUGCCGCAGUGGUAAUUUCGUACAGUGAUUUAACUGAACAGUCAUUGAGACACGCUCUGGAUGAAGUUUUCAACAAUACCAGCUAUCGUGAGAACGCCCAGAAGCUUUCGAAAGCUUAUCGCGAUCGACCUGCCUCGCCGUUGGAGACGGCGGUAUGGUGGACGGAAUACAUCGCCCGGGGCAAUGGCAAAUCUUACUACCGUAGCGACAGCGCAGAUCUAUCCUGGUACCAGCGUUAUCUCAUUGACGUCGCGCUUGUUUUGAUUACCGUCUUCGUGGCGUUCAUCUAUAUCCUUUUCCGGUUGAUCAAGCUGCUGCUGUCGUUGUUUGGGGCUGUCAAAGGAAGCCGGACCGGAGAAAAGAGGAAGAAAGAAAAAAAGGAAAACUAACAGACGCUGUAAAGCAACUCCCAUUGAAAAAAGAAGCGAUUUUGAGAUGAAAGAUAGAAAAAAACGUGAUGCUGGUUUUUCGCAUAGGUAUCCAAACUCUCAGGUUACAAGCGAAUUUUCAACGACAUGGAAUGGAAUAAACGGUCAUUGGGCGGAAAUCUAAAUCGGUUAAUGCGAAAAAUCCGUUUGUCGGAAAGUUUGUUAGAGGAGGGAGACACUGUUACAAUCGCUUGUCGUUAAAUCUCUCGCUCGUAUUCUCUCAGAGAAUAUCCAUCUCGAAUAUCGCUAGUAGAUUUUUAUCCCUUUUCAAUAUUUCUACGUAAAGUUAGUCGAGUGGUACGUUACAACUCAUAUGUAUGUCAGUUGGUUUUAGUUUAAUUAUUAUCAGCAAUUCCUUUCGAUCUGUCCCUAAAGGUGCAGAUCUUAGAACUGGUAUGGGGCAAAUUCGUUAAAUCUAUAGAGUUUGUAGCAUUUUAUGGUAUCUAUUAUAAGUAUAACAGUUAACUGAAAUUCGUUCGAACAAUGCGCAGAUGAUGUAAAACUUAUAGUUUGCUGGUUUCUGUUUUUUUUUCUUUCCACUUUUCAUUUUAUGGAAAAAAAAAACGGCUAAAUUUUAUAUUUUGUGGACUAGCGCAUAAAACGUUUGUUCUUACAACUGAAGUUAAAUUUUAUCUUAUUGCGGUGUGCAAUAUAGUUGACGCACAGGAAUUUAUAUUACAUGUCAGAUUACAUAUACAUUUUUAAUUCUUAAAAUUUUUUUAAUUUUCUGAAUUUUGAAAUUUUAACUGCAAAUUUGUAAUUAGCGACCCCAAAAA